CAAGUAUCAAUAACCGUCUCCCACACAAAUCAAUCAAUUAACGAGUAUUCAUAUUUGACAACAAUCAAUUCUCGACCAUCUACAAAAGAUUUAAGUACUGGGGUUAUCAAUUAAUUCACGAUGGCUUCACCGAAAAUGUGUAACCCCGACUUGGACAACCCGGCGGAGACGAAGUAUCAGGUCCGACAGAUCUACAAGAGGAAGCCGGCAAACAUAGAGAUGGCUUCACGCGAGUUAGCUCCCAUCUUUGGUCUUGGCAGCGGUUUUCUAGCCCAACAGAGGGCCCAGACCCUGUUCACUCAUCCAGCCUUCCGUGAAAGCUUCGCCGAGUUCCAGUGCAACUACCUCAAAGGACAAUGGGAUCUUCCGGUCGGCAGCUUUGUAAGGGUCCACGAACUAGCUCACAAAGUCCGCCGAAAUCCGAUUUGGGUUGACGAGCAACUCCCCGACUGCACAGAAUGGGACGUCACCCACUUCUACACUCGAUUCGCGCUUCGAACAUGGCACGGGAUCAAAGAAAGCAAGUUGGCUUUGGCUGGUUGGCUCAAAGAUGUAGAGAUAUGCCCUGCGAUACAUGUGCUUGUAUUUGCUCUUGUUUAUCUACAGCUCGAGACCAUGCGAGACUGUAAGAAGGAAGCCCCUAUCAGGGACCGCAUUCAUCACUUCGUCGAGUCGUGGAAGGCAGAUAAAUAA